CACACAUGCUCGCCGCACCGUUGCGUUGCGCCGCCGGCGACCUCGGCAAUUAGCGCCGAGGGGUGGCGGUCCCCGCUGAGGUAUUCAGAGCGCAGUUUCUGUUGCACUCUGAUAAGGCGCGCACCGCGGCGGUCACCGACCUUCGUGAGAUCUGCGGCGCCGAGAACCUGGUACCCCUGGGACUGUCCACGGUGGGUCGUGGGUUCGAGUCUUGCGCCGCGGCCACGCCUCCGGGACAUGCCUGGUUUCUUGUGUUUGACCGCAUGAAGCGCGAGCGGCCAGACUCGGUGGACAAGAUAGUGUUCGUGGCUGGAGACUGCGCUAGCCCUCGCCUGGGCCUCAGUGACUCGGACUACCACCACCUGACCCAACAUGUCAACAUCGUGCUGCACCUGGCCGCCACGGUCAGGUUCGACGAGCACUUGAAGGUGGCAGUGGACACCAACAUGAAGGGCACCAUGGAGAUCAUCGCCCUCUGUCGCGACUGUGUCUCCCUAAAGGCCACAGUGUUCGUGUCCACGGCUUAUUCCAACUGUAUCUACGAAGAGGUCAAAGAAGAAUUCUACGAUCCGCCCAUGGCAGUGGACGACCUGCUCGCGCUGCUGGACAGACUGACUGCAUCGGAGCUCGACCUCCUGUGUCCCAAGAUAUUGGGGGCCUGGCCGAACCCGUACGUGUUUUCCAAAGCGAUGGCAGAGAACGUGGUGCUGACGCGGUGUAAAGGUGUUCCAGUGUCUGUCGUGAGGCCUUCCAUGGUGUUGUCAGCGUUCAAGGAACCUACACCAGGAUGGCUAGAUAACGUGUAUGGUCCGAUAGGAAUUGCCUUGGGAGUUGGCUCCGGCAUUUUACGCGUAGCUUUCGCCGAAGCAGAUUACGUGAUUGAUACGAUACCAGUGGAUAUCGUCACCAACGCUGUCAUAGCUUCGACCUUAUCUUCAAGUAAGAGGGCCGACGACCGCAUCAGUAUAUACAACGUGGCCACAUCGGACAAUGAUGCGCCGACUCUGGGGGAGAUGACGGAAUUCCUGAUAGACAUCGCUGUGAGAGACCCCAUGAGGAUAUGCCUGUGGUACCCGUUCAUCAUUUACGUGAACAGUCACAAGCUGUACAAGCUCCUCGCAUUUUUCCUGCACUUUCUGCCGGGCCUUCUUCUGGACUGCGCCCUGCGGCUGGCUGGGAGGCCUCCCAUGUUAUUGAAGAUUUACAGGAAAAUUCAAAUGUAUACUGUAUUAACAGUUGCAUUUGCAGUUAACUUCGUGUUUAUUACAGAGAACACAAGAAAAUUGUACGCUGAACUUGAUAUCAAAGACAAGGAAAUAUUUUUCUUCGAUCCGAAAAUGAUCACCUGGCCUGAAUUCUUACGAUCCACUAAUAAUAUCAGGAAAUAUGUAUUUAAUGGUAUCCUAGACCCAAAGGAAGGGGCACAGCCACAUUUGCGACCGCACUACAUCGCUCACACAGUGACCAAGUAUCUCCUGAGCGGCUUCGCUAUCUGGGCUGUGUGGUGCUUUGUGAAAUUCUGCAAGCAAAAAUUUUUAACUUAAAAUUAAAAAAAAUAUAGGCUAUAUAUCUUAGUCUUCUUACAAAUAUAUUCGCAUGUACUUAAUUCAUCCAUUACUUCUAAUAUGUUUUACAUUGGGAAGUGGCACGUAAAUUUUUUUAAAACAUGAGUAUGACUGUAUGAGAAUGUGAAUAAAAGUUACAGAUUGAAAUCUGA